GAGGAUUUGAACGGGAUCAUCCGCAAGUGGCAGGGCGAGAUCCUGGGAUUCCACUGCGCGGGCAGCUACGAGGACAUCGCGCGCGAGAACGUGAACUUCCUGGCGAGCGUGAAUGGGCGGACGGCGAGGUUGUCCGCGAAGGACCUCCCCCCGAAGGGUCUGAAGGAGGUGCUCGGGGAGGCGGACCCUGCGUCCUCGGCGUGGGCAAAAAUGACGGUGGAGACGCUGUCGCGGUGCAGCAAGAGGAUCGGCGACAAGCUUCGCGGCAGCCCAGGGGCGGCGUCGGCCGCCUCGGGCGGCGCCGCGUCCAGCGUAGCGGACCAGGGCGCGGCGAUCCUGGCCCUAUACGGCGCGAGGGGCCCCCCGCGGAAGCGCAAGGGCGACGAGGGGGCGCGCGUCGUCCAGUCGCAGGAGACCGUGGCCAGCAGCCCGCCGAGCACGAGGAAGGCGCAAAAGGGGGCGAGCUACCAGGCCGAGAAUGCGGCGACCUUCAAGGAGGACGAAGACUGGGUGGACUACAACACGAUGGAACUCGCGAGGGCUCGGCACUGCCCCGAGGCGUGGCUCGGGCUCAAGGAAGAGCGGUUCCGUCUUCGCCAGGGCCCCAAGGGGUUCGCCGUGAUCACCGUCGACGGUGAGGCGGUCGAGAUGCUCGUGGCGAACGCCGCCCUGCAGGCCGCGGAGCAUGGGGGCGGAGGGGAGGCAGCCAAGCCGCAGCAGGCUCACCCGAAGGGCGGGGCGAAGAAGCGGCCAGCGGCAGCGCGGAAGAGGCCGGCGGCAGCGGACGAGGAGGAGGACGAAGAGGAGGACGAGGACGAGGCCAAGGGGGUCCGCGCCCGCGACGACAGCGAGGACGGCGAAAUGGAGAGCAGCCAGGAGACGGACGAGUCCGACCUGGAGGGCGCGGAGGGCGGCUCGAGCAAGCGGAGGCCGGCUGCGGCCGACAGGAAGCCUGCCGCGGCCGACGAGAAGCCUGCCGCGGCCGACAGGAGCCCGAGCUUGGAGGUGGAGGAGGACUCUGUGAAGGGGAAAGCCUGGGUUGUCAUGUGGUACAAGGCAGGCGAGAAGAAGAAGGCGGCCGUGGCGAUCCGCCAGGUGCACAAACCGCGCAGCCAGGUGUGCCAGUGGACAGCGGGUGACUACUCCGAGGAGCAGAUGCGGGAGGUGGCAGCGGACAUGGUCAGCAGGCUGUGCAUGCGGGAGAUCACGGAAGCGACUGUGAAAGCGCGAGGCGAGGAGUUUCUGCGCGACAUGUUCUGA